CGCGCGGGGCGGUUCAGCAUGCACACACUGCGAAGACAACGGCUAGAGAAAAAAGAUACAAGCCUCACUCCCGGCGUUUAUAUAAGCACCUAAAUCUUUGACACGGGUCGCAAAUUGUCCGUGUUGGUUUCUUAAUUCGGCAGAAAACCGCGUCGAAGAGGCUCUAAUGGCCAUGCAGAUCCUGGAGAGACCGCAGCAUGAGGGAUUGUCCAGGCGGUAACACGAGAGAGAGAGAGAGGGAGAGAGAUUGCCCAGUCAUCAUGUUGCUGUGGAGCCGUCUCAGAUAUCAACGCUCUAAAGAUCCCUCUAUGACGUCUUGAGUUCUUCUGUGAAACUAACCAGGAGUCACUUCCUUGUUUAAGUAACCAGAGCACGGACACCUGUCCCAAGACAGAGGUACAGACAAAGAGACAUUAGUACAAUAACCAGCGCUGAUCAUGAGUGAGCCGCAGGAAGAGUAUGUGGAGCAUCAGUACAUGUGCAGCGAGUGCCAGCAGCUCUUCAAUACUCUGGAGGAGGUGCUGAUACACCAGCAAGUGCACACCGGUGCAGAAGUAGAAGACCUGGUGGCCAUCUCCAGCAAUGAGGACACCAGGGAUAGUCAUUACCAGUGUCUGGAAUGUGGUGCUCUUCUCAGAAACUCGGAGGAACUGCUGCUCCAUCAAGAGCUGCACAUGAGGGAGGCAGGCCUGGAUGCUGAACAUGAGCUUUGUGAGGUGGCAGAAACCGACGCUGCAGUUGCAGCAGUUCCGAUCCACUACCAGUGUCUGGAGUGUCUGGCUCUCUUCGACACGGCUGAGUCGUGGAUGGCUCAUAGGCAGACGCACAAGAUCAGCACACACAGUGACAUGGCUGACACUGAUUAUGUUCUACAGCCAGAUGGUUCAGUCACCCCUGUGGCCAAAGUGCAAAAUCUGGUGCUAGAUGAACAGCGAGCUGGAGAGAUCCUAACGUUAGCUCAGGCUCUUCGAGAGCAGCAGUCUCAGCCCAAACCUACAGCUCCACCCCGAACUACUCUUCUUCAAAGCACCCAGUCCCUACCUGGCUCUACUUCUGCCAUGCUCCGUCUCCAGUUCUGUUCUGCCCAAGCCAUUGCAGAUGGCUCCGCCUCUACAACCAUUCGCAAAGCCAAGCUCCUCCCUCCACUUCUCCCCUCCGAGCCAAUCAGGCUUGAGAACGGCAUUACUACACUCAGUCUUCUCCCCACUGUUGAGCAUGCAGACUUGGGGAAGCACGCAGAGGGAGAGGUUCUGAUCAUUCAUCCGUACGAGUGCUCAGAAUGCAACCUGCUUUUUAGCACGCCAGAAGAUUUUCUUCACCACCAGGGAGAGCACUUUCUAGCUCAGGACAAAGAGAGUGGGGGUGCCGGGGUCAUGCUAGGCUAUGAAGAUGGUGCUAGAGUAAGGGAAGAUGAAGGAAGGAAAGACAUGAGGGAGGAGGGGAGUAAGGCAGAGCAGGGGAAAGGCCAGGGAGGAAGACGCUCGUAUACGGCCCGGUUGGCGAGUCUCGGAGUGAAUUCGUCCAUUUCAUCAGCCAACCUGCGAUGUGAGGAGUGCCAGAGAACUUUCACCACAGCCAAUCGGCUGGCAGCACAUCUCCGAGUGCAUGAGCAGGGUACACACGAAUGCCCUGAAUGCGACAAGGUGUUCAAGAAAGUGGGAUCACUGCAUACACACAUGCGAACACACUCCGGGGAGGCCCGCUUUCUGUGUGUGGACUGUGGGCAUAGCUUCACAACAGAAAUGACCCUCAUCAUACACAGGAAGUCCCAUACAUCUGAGCCUCUCCACAGGUGCCCUUUUUGUGCCAAAACCUUCACCAAUAUGACCAAGUUUCUUUACCAUCGCCGCACUCAUACUAACCGUGAACCUGUCAGCUCUGCCUCCACAGUUACACUGAAUCAGCGGAUGCCUCUGUCUAUUAUGCAAAGGGCAAGAGAACGAGAGGCUGUGUGGAGAAAACAGAAACAGGCAGUACUUAUGGCUCCUGUAAGUGCUGAAAUGGACACAGGUGAGAGCAUCCUGCAGGCUGCAGCUUCUCUCUCUCAGGCUGCUGUAUCAGCAGAGAAUGCAGUGGAUUCUAAGGAUCAUGCCACAGAAGAAGCACAAAAGCACCAGUCCAAUCCAGGCAACAAUCUCAACCUGGAUGUAAUGGAGGAUUCUGACAAAUGGCAGGCUCCCAUUACCGAGGAUGAUAUAAAGUUCCCAUGCUCUUCCUGCAAGAAAACCUUCACUUCCCAAAUCCGUUUGUUAAGUCACCGCCGAACAGCACACUCCAGUGAGCGCCGCUUCAAGUGCAACGUAUGCGGAAAGCCUUUCAAGAAGCAGAUCCAUCUGCGGAAUCACCUGCGUACGCACACGGGCGAGCGCCCGUUCCAGUGCAGUGUGUGCGGCAAGACCUUCUCUUCACUGGCCAACCUCACUCGACACGGCCUGACUCACACAGGGGUGCGGCCAUACCGCUGUGACGUAUGCCACAGGGCUUUCACACAGUCCUCUAACCUGCGCCAGCACCGCCUGCUCCACAGUAACCCCACACCCUCAGCUUGCCCGGACUGCUCAGCCACAUUCAUUCGACCAGCAAAGCUUGUAGCACAUAGAUUCCUUCACCAUCCAGGAGCACCGGCGCCAUACCCCUGCCCGCAUUGCCCAGAAGGGUUCUUGCGCAAGAAGCAAAGGGAUUUGCACUGCCUGGAGGAACACCCCAACUUGACGCACACUUUUACAGAAGCUACUAAUGAAUCAGGGCUUAAAGGUCAGAAAGCGUCUACAGAGGGUGCAGAGCAGGCUGCUCCUCCAGUCGUAAAGGUAAAUUUGGACUGCACAAUUUGUGGGAAGCGCCUGAACUCCGCUGCUAACCUGCGCCUCCAUCAGUUGAGCCAUGGACUGGGACCAGGCCGCCCACGAGGCUCAGGCUCAGUCUCUGGGAAAUCGCACCCAUGCCCAGUGUGUGGGAAGUUGUUUGUUUCGGCAUCAAGCGUCACGUUGCACCAGCGUGUUCACACAGGUGAGAGGCCGUAUCCUUGUGCUGUCUGUGGCAAGCGUUUCCGGCAAAACACCCACCUGCGCGAGCACCUGCGCACGCACUCGGGUGAGCGUCCGUUUCGCUGCGAGUUCUGCAAUAAGGGUUUUGUGCAGAGCAUGCAUCUGGUCGAGCACAGGAGAACACACACCGGAGAAAGGCCGCAUGCUUGUGCAGAAUGCGGAAAGACCUUCAAGACCAUCUCGAACCUGAGGAACCAUAGAAAGACCCACAACAAGGCACAAGAAGAAAUGGAGCAAGGCAAAGAUGCUAAGCUGGAGACCACCAUGGAGAGCAGCCUUGCGACACUUGCCGUGGUGAACGCCUCAGACGUGAACCUUUGCCAACAGGGUGUCCAGCUGGGGCAACCGCAAGUCAUACAGAUCCAGACUUCUGGUCUGGAGCAGGCUCAAGGCACUCCCACCAUUAUGUGUAAUGAAUUUGGAGAAGCAAUAGCAAUCAUCGAGACAAGUGGCGAUCUGGCGGAGGCUAUAGAGCUUUACCACACUGCGCUGGAAGGCGGGAUUAACAUGGACACCAUCACUCUGGACAACCUGCAGCUUGUGUGAACGGGCAAAGGCAGCUCAUUAGAGUCCGAGACCAUGCUGUGGGACGCUUAAGAGUGAGGGCAGAAUGGGAAUUAAGAAUCAAUUUGAUCGACAAGGUAAUAGUGGGGAAACUGCCUCACUCUGGUAAUUAGCAUUGAUUUUAAUGAUAAAAAGGAACCUAGAGUGUUUCAGGUAGCGUCAGGUUUAAAUUUCUGACCGAUUUCAGCUUGUGAUUAACGGCAAAUAUCACCUUCAAUUUCCGAGAGACCAGAACUGAAGAUGUGUGGGACUGUGAAUAACAGUGUUAUGCUUAUUGACCCUUGUUGCCCCACAAAGUGACACAAAUCCCUGCAGGAUAAGUGUAUUUUUUUCAAGACAAUAUAGUAUUGGGGCAUGUUCCUUGAAAGGAACUUUUACUUUAAAGGCAUGGAUGUGAACAGGAAACCAUGACCACAAGGGACAGAUGCAAGCACUUACCUCAGACACUGUGAUGAGGUAAUGCAUAGCGGAGACAGGUGAGGAGUGCUUGUGCUGCUUAACCUGAUUUUACAAGUCUCCGGCUCUGUAAGUGUCAGAUAAAUGUCUUCUUAUAAAUGUUUUUUUUUUUUUUUUUUUUUACUCUACAAUCUGGAAUGUCAAAGAUUGUUGUAAAUAAAAAUUUA